UCUCUCUCACUCUCCCCAGUCAUUAAGUCAGAGAGCAGAGGAAGAAGGGAAGGCAGAGAGACCAGGGGAGGUCUGACGACACCAGCCCAGCUUGCCCGGCGACUAUUUUAAAUGCACGGAUUGAUAUAUGCAUGCACACAGCUUGGCUUUGAUUUACUGGAGGAAUAUCAAGAUUUAAAACCAAGCUGUCACUCUGCAAGACAUGUGUGCAACUUUUCCUGCCAGAACAAAAACUUAACGGAGCUUUGGAAACAGAGCAUGUGUAAGUGGCCACGCUGAGAGAAGCAGUAGCUUUCAAUGCUGGAGGUCCAAAGCAAGGAUGGACACAGGCUAACAAUGUUCUUCAGCACUUUCUGAUCCAGCUUUGAAGGGGGGAUAUCCAGCCAAAACGAAGAAGGACCGGCUAUAGAUACAAGAACUUUAAUCACCUGCAACUUCUACCCCAGGCUGAUAUGAUGCUGUGGUACAACUUUGGCAGCCACUUGUUCUCUCUGGCAGCACUUCUGGUGAUUGUGAGCUGCGGAGGAGGGGAGCAGCGGAGAGGGUCGGAUAGCAGCAGCACCAGCAGCACAGGUGGCAGCAGCAGCAGUAGUAGCAGUAGCAGUAGUGGAGGAAAUAGUAAUUACAGCAACAGACGCUUUCAUAAGAUCCAGCAUGGCCAGUGCACCUAUACGUUCAUCCUACCUGAGGGAGAUGGGGGCAGAGGAGGCUCCUGCCGGGAGGCGAAAGCAGGCACCACUCCACAAAACACCAACUCCCUCCAGAGAGAUGCUCCGCCGGCUGAACCAGAGUUUCCCAGCCAGAAGAUCCAGCAGCUCGAGCACAUUAUGGAGAAUUAUACCCAGUGGCUGCAGAAGAUUGAGAACUACAUCAAAGAGAGCCUGAAGACCGAGAUGGCUCAACUGCAACAGAGCGCUGUCCACAACCACACAGCAGCCAUGUUGGAAAUGGGCACCAACCUUCUUUCUCAGACGGCUGAACAGACGCGCAAGCUUACUGACGUUGAGACGCAGGUUCUGAAUCAGACAUCCAGGCUUGAGAUCCAGCUGCUGGAAAACUCUCUUUCCACGAACAAGUUGGAGAAAGAGUUAAUGGUCCAGACCAAUGAGAUCAGCAAGCUGCAUGACAAGAACAGCCUCUUGGAGCAGAAGAUGUUAGAAAUGGAGAUGCGACACCGUGAUGAGCUGGAGACGCUGAAGCAGGAGAAGGGGAAUCUCCAGACCUUGGUCGGGAGGCAGAGUGGGGUUAUCGGGGAGCUCGAAGCCCAGCUGAGCCGAGCCACAGGGAACAGCACAGCCCUGCAGAGACAGCAGCAGGAGAUGAUGGACACUGUCCACAACCUGCUUAACCUCUGCUCCAAAGAUGGAGUUGUGCCAAAUAGUACAAAGGUUGCGGAUGAAGAGAAGAAGUUCCGCGACUGUGCUGACCUCUACCAGGCUGGCUUCCAUAAGAACGGAGUCUACACCAUCCAAAUCAACUCUCUGGAGACCAAAAAGGUGUAUUGCAACAUGGAAACAGCCGGCGGAGGAUGGACAGUCAUCCAGCGCAGAGAAGACGGCAGUGUGGACUUUCAGAGGACGUGGAAGGAGUAUAAGAUGGGAUUUGGGAGCUUGUCUGCGGAGCACUGGUUGGGGAACGAGUAUGUUUACCAGUUGACCAGCCAGCGGCAGUACGCUCUCCGCGUCGAACUGACAGAUUGGGACGGACACCCGGCCUUCUCACUAUAUGACCGCUUCCAAAUCGGCAGUGAGAAACAAAACUACAGGCUGUUCCUGAAAAGCCACAGUGGGACCGCAGGCAGACAGAGCAGUCUGGUAAUCCACGGAGCAGACUUCAGCACCAAGGACAUGGACAAUGACAACUGCAUGUGCAAGUGUGCCCUCAUGCUCACUGGUGGUUGGUGGUUUGACGCCUGUGGCCCGUCCAACCUUAACGGCAUGUACUUCACCCAAGGACAACACAUAGGAAAGUUGAACGGUAUCAAGUGGCACUACUUCAAGGGACCCAGCUACUCGCUACGGGCCACGGUCAUGAUGAUCCGCCCCCUGGACUUCUCCUAGUCUCCUGAACUUUUAACUUCCAAACUGCUAUGUAGCACAUUAGAGGGAUGCUUACUAUGUUAUCCUCUUCUCUCAUCUCAUUUCGCUGGCCACGGGAGUCGUCCAAUAAAUCUUUUUAUUCAACCUGGUUAUUCCCCAGAGCAGCGGCUAUUUCUGUGCCGGCAGUCAUGCCGUAACCUUUCCCCUCGAUGAACUGAAAAGCAGCCACGAGGAGGAAGAUUCACCUGAACUCAUUUCUGUAGACUCACAAACUUGACGUUAUUUAAGAAAAAUGCGUUCUGUCACACCUGGAAUUGCGUGUUUCUGCAUUCAGCUUGUAUGAAAAUACAAGCCAUGAUGUCAAACCACGAUUGUUCCACUUUCCUGGGGACCUGUGUUGUAAUAAUAAGGAGGACUUGAGUUCUUCUGAAUGGACAGCAGCUAUCAGAGCAGCACUGACUCUUAAACUGCAGGACAGAACUGAUCUGGAACGCUCGAAGAAGACAAAUGAGGGAUAUCGCUUUUUUUUUUAAAAUAAAGCGUUGCUUGCAGAACGCAGCCCAUAAAUAUUACAAUUGUAUUAUAUAUUGUGUUUUUUCAUAUUAUUUUUGUUAUCCAAACUGUACACAAUAUCCAAAGUGAGAUUGAAACUGUCUUUUGUACUGUACAGUGUAUAUUGAUUGUCUAUGUGCAUUAUGUAUAAACACACGCUCCGUUUUUUUAAGGUGACCCUCAUAUUCAAGUGUUGACUUGGCGAUAGUUAGGAGGGUCACUUUCAGUAUUUGCUGGCAAUUACACACUAGCUGUCUCGACAGAGUGUGAUUAUAUUUAGAGUUAAAGAUGUGAGGUUAUUAUUGGAUUAGAUUCUGGACUCGGGUCCAUUUGCCUUUUUGUUAUUGGCUGAGAAACAACUAAUACCUGCCAAGGUUCAGAUUGUGAGUGAUCACCUUACCUCUGCUGAAUAUGAAAAACAAGAACAUUAUUAAUACAGAUGCAUAUAAUUAGAGAUUUGUAACAAUUACAGAUGUGUGCACAUGGGAGCAGAGAAUGCACAAAUGCAUAUUGUCAGAUACACAGAAUACUCCUGAGUGCAAUGAAGUACCACGUCAUCAUAUUUACAAAGAUAUAAAUGCUUAUAUUAAGCUGGUGUCCCACAUGUACAGAACUUACAAAGAAGGAGGCCAAAGUUCAUGUUGUGAAACUGUAAAGGACAUUAAAAAAAACCUUUAACAUCAUACCUAAAGACAAAGAGCAGAUCGUUAAGACAAGUUACAUCCAGAAAUGUUUUUCACAGAUACGAACAUGACAGAGCCUCCCGAGUCCAGCCAGUUUCUGUUUCUCAUCAAUGCAGCUUUGAGGAAAAAAAAGCAGCUCGAGUUGGAUAUGAAGCAUGAAAUGAACGAUCCCACCAAGUGAUCCGUGUGAACACAUAUUUCAUAACUUCCAGAUUUAUAACAACACCAUCUACUGUGGAGUAUUUACUAAAGGUACAUGUGGCGAGAAGAUAAAGUGUGUCUGGAACUUGUAAAACUGCAAUUGACAUGUUUAUUAGCAUACUACAAUUGUAUAAUUUAAUGUGUGUGUAUGUAAAGCAGCUUUCCUGAGGAAAGCUCUUCUCUCUUUUUCUGUUUUUACUCUGCCAGAAGUACAAUUGUGUUUUGAAGUUGAGCAUAAAACAUAGGAGUUAAGAUAAUAACCCUGGAGAAAUGUGCCUUUGAUAACUCUGCUUUUACCUCAUUCAAUUCCAGAUUUUAAAGAUUUAUUUAAACAUCUUUUUGUAACAUGUGGUCAGUGUUGUGUUGCUAGAUUAAAUAAAAGAGAAAAUGUUUUCAA